AUGUUGUGCCGUGAUGCCAGCAGAUUCCUGAUGGCCUUUGCCGAUCGCUCAUCAUCAUCUCACAUCAGUGAGUCGAUGGCUUGAGUAGUCUCACUGGAAAUAGAAUACAAUGUAAAAAUGUGCAGCAAACCGUAAAGACUAGCAAUAGAUUUAUUCUCUCCAGAGCCAGGCCGCAUUGGUGGAGUGCUAGGCCACAUUUGCGGAUAGUCACGCGUUGAAGAGGGCGAGAUGAUGGAGUCACAUUCCAUGCCAGGCACACCUGUGAGCUCUGGAACUCCACCUCCAACAGGUAGAGGCAACAACCGUGGCGGGUUCGUUUGGUCCUCGGUUCACCUUGACAUUGGUCACAGUUCACGCCUUGAUUAAAGCUGUUAAAUUGGACGAUAGCCAGCCGAAACUCUCAUAAUAGCUGAUUCACACGAGAAAAUCCCCUAAUUUCUGUCUUUGUGUUUUCAAAAACAAAAUUGGUUAAAGGCGCUGUAUGGUCAAUCCGAAGUCUGCACAGGGUAUUCACACUUCUUGUGCUUCACGUAGCUGUUGAGCAGAGCUGUUGUGAAGGAAGUGAGUUGGUGUUUAUACAGGACCUCCCGCCCCCACCUACCGUCACCCAAUCAUGUCAAUACAGAGCUUUACAGAGCCCUACGCAUUGUUAGUGAUGGUUGUGUCUCACUGCUCUUCUCCCCUGAGGAUACGUCUCUCCAGGUUGUCAUGGCAACAGCAUGAACAGUCUGCUCACCAUGAAUGAUCCCUCCCUCUUUUAUUUUUCUCUCUAUCUCUUCUCUAUCCCUCCCUUUCUCUCUAUUCCUCCAUUUUCUCACUCUCUACGAAUCUUUCUCUCUCCUCUCCAUCUCGCACCCUUUCCCCAUCUCUCCCUCUCGUCUUUGCUCCGUCCUUGACAGAGAUUCGCCCUCCUAAGGGGGCUGACUGGACAAAAGCUUAAUAUGAUCAUGUUUGUGUCACUGGUAAAGCACUACUCAGGCAGAUUUAUUUGAAUCUACCAAAAACAAUUGGGGGAGUAGAUCAACUUUGAUAUUGUAGGUUGUAUCACUGUAAUUGUUUGCAUAAUUUCUAAUCCCCCUUAUUUAGUUCUUUAUUUUAAUUUUUUUCUCUGUACUUACCCCCCCCCUACCCUACCAUCCCUACACUAAUUGGAGUAAACUAAUGGACAACAAUACUUCUUCUUACAGAUAUUUCGCUCACAUCUAUGGUACCUGUAGUUAAAUAUUUAUACAUUCCUAAUUGGAUUUUCAACCACAGCGGCCAAUCCACCAUUCAUUCUGAUUUUAACUCCAACCCUCCGAUGUCCACAGAUCAACCCAUCUUUCCCAGUCUAAUGCCAUUUUGCUAUUUCCUUUUGCAAUACAUCAGGCAGAAACUUAAUGUGAUGUAUUAACUUCGAGUCUGUCUCCCAAUCUACUCAUUAAACACCAGUUGACUGGUUGUAACCACUUACGUAGAAAAUCAAAAGGAUAGCACUCUAAAUUCAAUAGCUGAUUUAUUUACAAGGACUCCUGGCUGGGAUAUUUCAUCCAGAAUCCAUUACUCAAACAAUUUUGGAGAUUAAUACUUUUUUAAAGAAAGGGUUAUAGAAAAGGGUUAAUAUAGUUGUCAAAGGGGUAUAAUAAGGGUUGUUGCAGUGUCUCUGCAGCUUCUCUCAUUAAGUGUUAGGUUACUGAACCCUGACCUCUGACCCCAACACCCUAACACACUCCGACCUGAAAUGGAACUGUGAUUGAGGUGUGUGUGUGUGUGUGUGUGUGUGUGUGGAGCAUCUCUGCACACACACUCAAAGAGCAGGUCUCAGCUGGAGGGAUGUGGUCCCCACAUCCUCCCACUCCUCCCCUCUGCCUUCCUCUCCCCCUGAUCUGUCCAUCUCUACACCUCCACAGCCACCACGGCCCACUCAGCCUUUGUUCUCUCUCUAUCUGUAUGUGUGUGUUCUAUGGAUAUCAGAAUAUGUGAAAUAUGAUAAGACACUGUAGAAUGUGUGUUAAGCUGUCAAUGCCGCGGUGUGUUUGGGUGUGUGUGUCGAUGGUAAUGAAUUUAGCUGCUGUGAGGGAGGCUAGAGAAACCAUGUUAAUGUUCUGGGGGCGUCACGCACGCGCACACACACACACUCUCCUUCCUCCGCACUGGCUGCUUCACCAUGAUGUCAUCUCUGCACUGAUUGGCUGCCUGGCUGUGGAGGGAAGGAGGGGAGAAGAGAGAUCGAGCGAAUGAGAGAGGUAGGACAGAGAAAAUGCCGGCAGUGGUAUGGGUGGAGGGUUUUUCGGGUGGCAGUAAGGUGUGUGUGUGUGUCUAGCCCCGUUUUGAGGGUUGUGUGUGUUGGGGUACGGGUCUGAGAAGAGGGGGGCGCCCCAAAACCACGCCCUCCUGGAGGCAUGAGGCGCCUCAUCUGCAAACGCAUCUGUGACUGUGAGUGCAGGGCUGGGCCCACCGUGUGAGUGUGUGUUUCUGCAGGAGUAUAAAUUAGAGCUGGUUUUAGCUGGUGUAUCUUUGUGUGAAUAAGGGCUGGGUUGGUUGUGUUUGUUGGUGUGUGCAUAAUCUGCAUGUAGUCUGUUGAUGUGAUUGUGUGUAUAUGUGUCCGUCUUUGUGAUAUUGUGUGCGUCUGUAUGUUGGGGUGUAGGGUGGUGGCUUUGGCGCAUUUCUCAGCGCUGUGCGGUGGUUGUCAAAGCAACUGUGUGUGUCUGCGUUUCUCUGCCAGCGCUUUCAUCUCUGCCGUGCGGCUGGAGGUGUGUGUUGGGGGGGUGGGGUGGCUCUAAUAAUACACAGGUUGAUGCAUGCUUUGAGGCAGAUGGAGGUGUAUUUCCCAUGCUGUGGAUUGCUGGUGUGUGUGUGCAGUGUGUUUUGGUGUGAAUUUAUCUGUUGUAUGCCAUCAUGAUCUCAGGGUCUAUCAGCUAGAAGGCAUUUUCUGUUAGUGAUUGUUGUGUAGGCGGUCAGUGUGUGUGUGUUGGAGAGAGAUUGCCUGCAUUAGCUGCUUUCCCUGCAGCCAGUGGCCUCUUUUUGUGUCUGUCGUUACUAUUGAUCACUGAUCAGCGCUGACCUUGCUCUUUUCUUCAGCGAAGACCUCUCCUCCUCUUCUCUCUUUUCUCUAACUACUUUAAUGACAGAAGGGUGAAAUAAUAAAAUGUCAAAGAUAUGUAUGAUAACGAUGUUAAUAACAAUGUUACUACAGUAUUAUGGAAUUAUCUCUUCUCUCUGUCCUCGCAAGCGAUCUAGCUCCUCGUAUCGCGAUGACUCUCAUACGAGAGCUCUAUAGCGACUGAGCAUCGAUCUCGCUAGAGCUAUUCUCUUCUAUAUUCUCUCUCUCUCUCUCUCUCUCUCUCUCUCUCUCUCUCUCUCUCUCUUCUCUCUCUCGCACUCUCUCUCUCUCUCUCUCUCUCAGACCAUAGUUUUGAGGAUGAUGCGGACAGUACGGAUGGGAACCGUGCUCAGGCUGCCUUCAAAGUCCCCAAAAUCCCCAAAAAGCUGGCGGAGUCUUCUACUGCACGCAGACCCAGCGCUACAGGAUCCAAGAUCGGCGGUAAGAGUCGAGCUCCUAUUCAAGACCAAUCUGGCCUGCUCACCUCUUAGGAUAUAUUGAUAAUUCAUUGGGCGUUGUGUGACCCAGGAGGAAUCACACUUGAAUAAAAAAAGACACAUUUGCAAAUAAAGUUCCUUCGAUUGAUUUCAUAUCAUUAGUGUCAUUGUCUUGAUGGCCAAAACGCGACUGCUGUUAUUCAUCACAUUAUAUCCCUUUCUCCUGGGCUGGGUAAGUAGCCUUGCACGAGCCUUGGCUCAUAUAGGAGCAGGGGCCAGGGGGUGUACAAGUACACCCCCUGGACAGGACGCUAGGCUAGUCUAUCACAAGGCUUUACCCGCAAUCUAUCUCCUUAAUGCUGAGUGCCAAGCAGAGACUCAUCGGGUCUCAUUUUUAUAGUCUUUGGUAUGAAUCAGCCGGAUGGAACUCCUAACCUUCUGAUCUCAGGGCGGACACUAACCACAAGGCCAUUGAGUUGGGCUGGCUAAUUAAGCAAUAAGGCCAGAGGGGGUGUGGUAUAUGACCAAUAUACCACAGCUAAGGGCUGUUCUUAAGCACAAUGCAACACUGAGUGCCUGGAUACAGCCCUUAGCCGUGGUAUAUUGGCCAUAUACCACAAACCCCUGAGGUGCCUUAUUACUAUUAUAAACUGGUUACCAAAGUAAUUAAAGCAGUAAAAAUAAAUGUUUUGUCAUACCUGUGGUAUACGGUCUGAUAUACAACGGCUGUCAGCCAAUCAGCAUUCAGGGCUCAAACCACCCAGUUUAUAAUGGUCAGAUAAACAAUGAUGCAGACGGAGAGAGAUGAACUAGCUUUCUAAGCAGGUCGGUUAGAUGAGUAAGCCGAACAGACUGACAGAGGGAGGGGAGAUUUUCUGGCUUCUUCACAGGAGCUUUUCCUCUAUCCUCACUGAUCUUUGCUGUUUUUAUCUGUGCUCGAUAAGUUCUAUGUCUUUUAUAUUAUUGCUGCGUCACAGGAAGUUCUAUAUGUCAUCAGGCUUGAUCUCUCAGGCUUGAUUAGUUAUGCCUUUGAAAGAGAUGACAUCUAUGAUAGUGAUGAUGAUAUCCCCUGUAGAUCACUCCAUCUCUCUAUUUUCUGUUUUCUCUCUUUCAUCCUAGUCUGCGUUCUAUGUUUCCCCUCUCUCCUCCUCCUCUCUCUCUGUAAGGGAGGAAGGUAGCAGCGUUCCCACGUCCAGGCGUGCGAUGUAGGCCAGGGCUGAUCUAUCUGGUAUAUGUCUGUAACAGUUCAGGCUGAUGUUACAGCAACUCUGCCCUUGUCCUCUCGCGCUCUGUCUGUAACAGCAACCCUGUCUGUGUUCAUUCAGGUAGAUGGUUCAGACAUCAGGAGACAAACAGGAAAUAUGAGCGACGUGUGUGACUGAGGGUUCUGGAAUAUGUGGAACAUGUUAGUGUAACUUCUGGUGCUGCUAGCAUGUUAGCGUGCUAGGCUAGUUCCCUGUGUGGCUAAAUUAGCAUUUAUAUUACAUUCCACCCACGCACUCCGCUCACACAGACACACAGAGAGGAUAGAACAGAAGAGAGGAGAGAACACAGAGAGACAAGACUGAGAUAGAAGAAAGAAACCAAGAGAGAAAAGAAUCGGAGAGAGGAGAGAACAGAAAAAGAAACGGGGGGGAGAGAGAGGGAAAAGAAAUGGAGCGAGCUGAAAGAACAGAGAGCCGUGGUAUUACAGAGACCACAGAGCCUUGUAUCUCUGAGACACCAUGGAACAUGUAUAUCUAUGCAACAUACAAUCUGCUGAUAUAGGAUCAUCCAGCACACCCAGCGUCCGUUUUACACACCAUAGCUGGGUAGGCUAGCAGCUAGGUGUUCGAGCAGGGCUGGAGCAAAAGCCUGCACUACCCAGUAGCUCUCCAGGACCAUAGUUCUCAGAGUUAGCAAACCCUGGUUUUGGCACUCACAUAGCAUAGCACAGCCAGCAGCCAUCUCCACGCUGCAGCUAGCCUGUUGCAGCUAGCCUGUGAAAACGGUAUGGAUUGUAUUGUAGCAGAACUGCCCAUCUACUGCAGUCGGAAAUGGAAACUAGCCGCUGGGAUUUGGAUUUUCACUGCAUUAAUUCAUCCUCCAUCUCCUCCCCUUUUCUCUCUCUCCCCUCUCGCCAUCUAUCCUGUCUCUUCCUUCUCCCUUUUCCACUGCAUUCACCCUCCAUAUCCUACUCCUCUAAAGGGGCGUGGCCUGCUACUUAGUGCCACCCCUCAGGAAGUUUUGAUUGACAGGCCCAUUACUAACAGAAAGUCCAUUAGGGACUCCGUUAAUGCACGUAAGGAGGGGAGAGAGAGGGGGAAUAUUCUGUGCAUACUGUAGCGCUUCAAUGGUAUAGUUGAAUCAGGUUAUAAACUGAGUGUACAAAACAUUAAGAACACCUUGCUAAUAUUGAGUUGCACUCCCCCUUUUGCCCUCAGAACAGCCUCAAUUCGUCAGGACAUGGACUCUACAAGAUGUCAAAAGCGUUCCACAGGGAUGCUGGUCCAUGUUGACUCCAAUGCUUCCCACAGUUGUGUCAAGUGGCUGGAUGUCCUUUGGGUGGUGGACCAUUCUUAAUACACACAGGAAACUGUUGAGCGUGAAAAACCCAGCAGCGUUGCAGUUCUUUAUUAUAAUAAUUUUUCUCCCAAAUUUCGAUCUUGUCUCAUCGCUGCAACUCCCCAGCGGGCUCAGGAAGUGAAGGUAGAGUCAUGUGUCCUCCGAAACAUGACCCGCCAAACCGCGCUUCUUAACACCCGCCCACUUAACCCGGAAGCCAGCCGCACUAAUGUGUCGGAGGAAACACUGUUCAACAGACGACCGAGGUCAGCCUGCAGGCGCCAGGCCCGCCACAAGGAGUCGCUAGAGCGUGAUGAGCCAAGUAAAGCCCCCCCCCAGCCAAACCCUCCCCUAACCCGGACGACGCUGGGCCAAUUGUGCGCCGCCCUAUGGGACUCCCGAUCACGGCAAGGUUGUGAAACAGCCCGGGAUCGAACCCGGGUCUGUAGUGAUGCCUCUAGCACUGCAUUGCAGUGUCUUAGACCGCUGCGCCACUCUGGAGGCCCCAACGUUGCAGUUCUUGACACAAACCGGUGCGCCUGGCACCUACUACCAUACCCCGUUCAAAGGCACUUAAAUAUUUUGUCUUGCCCAUUCACCCUCUGAAUGGCACACAUACACAAUCCGUGUCUCAAGGCUUAAAAAUCCUUCUUUACCCUGUCUCCUCCCCAUCAUUUACACUGUUUGAAGUGGAUUUAACAAGUGGCAUCAAUAAGGGAUCAUACCUUUUGUUCAUAAUGUUUUGUACACUCAAUGUAUAGUGCUAGGCUGAGGCAACUUACUGUCACUCAGACUGGGAUACACACGCACUCUGAACUCUCCGUCCUCUCUGUCUCUAGGUGCGUCUAAGGAUGGAGCCGGAGGCAUCGAUGAGGAAGACUUCAUCAAAGCCUUCACUGAUGUCCCCACAGUACAGGUAGCAUGCACACGCACACACACAAACACGCUAGUAUGCAUUAGUAGCAGGACUGCAAGCGAUGUAGAUAACACUAGUGUGAACUAAUUAUCUUUCUGUCUCUCUCUCCCACUCUCUCUUUCUCUCUGUCCCCCUUUCUCUCUCUGUCUCCGUCUCUCUGUCAGAUCUACUCAUCUCGUGACCUGGAGGAUAACCUGAAUAAGAUCAGAGAGAUCUGUUCUGAUGACAAACAUGACUGGGACCAGAGAGCCGCCGCAAUGAAGAAGAUCCGCUCACUGAUUGUUGCCGGGGCAACUGAGUAUGAGUGUUUCUUCCAACACCUGAGGCUGUUGGACGGAGCGUUCAAACUGUCAGCUAAAGACCUCCGAUCACAGGUGGUACGAGAGGCCUGCAUCACUGUGGCGUGAGUACUACACACACACACUACACACACACACACUGACACGCAAAUGCACACACACACACUUUUUUCCACAUCUCCUUUUUACAUUUUUUCUUUUUACAUUUCUUCUCUAAAAAUGGAUUUGAAAAUGGAAGUAACACUUUCUCACUUCCUGUCUUUUUCCCCCUUUCUCCCUCUUUCUUUCUCUCUCUCCAGCCACCUGUCGACAGUGUUGGGUAAUAAGUUUGACCAUGGAGCCGAGGGCAUUCUUCCUAUUUUGUUCAACCUCAUCCCUAACUGUGCCAAGGUUAUGGCUACGUCAGGGGUGUCUGCUAUACGCUUUAUCAUACGGGUGAGUUAGACGCACACACACACCUAACGCGCACACACACACACACACACACGUGUUGAUGUAACACAGACACACAUCUAGCAUGCACAAACACACAUACACACACACACACCUUACACGCACACACGUAACACAGAUAAUAAAAUGACUGAGUUUGUAUUUCUUUCUCUCUGCAGCACACGCACGUUCCCAGGCUCAUUCCCCUGAUCACCAGUAACUGCACCUGCAAGUCUGUGGCCGUCAGAAGGUGCGCAUGAAGCAUAUGAUGAUAAAAAUAAUAAUUGAUGAUGAUUGUCAAAUCAAAUUUUAUUUGUCACAUACCUGUUUAGCAGAUGUUAUAGCGGGUGUAGCGAAAUGCUUGUGCUUCUAGCUUGACAGUGCAGUAAUAUCUAACAAUUUCACAACAUAUACCCAAUACACACAAUCUAAGUAAGGAAUGGAAUUAAGAAUAUAUACAUAUAUGGAUGAGCAAUGACAGAGCGGCAUGGACUAAGAUACAGGAGAAUAUUAUAGAAUACAGUAUAUACAUAUGAGAUUUUACAUUUACAUUUUAGUCAUUUAGCAGACACUCUUAUCCAGAGCGACUUACAGUUAGUGAGUGCAUACAUUUUUCAUACUGGCCCCCCGUGGGAAUGCAAGAUAUGUAAACAUUAUGAAAGUGACUAGUGUUCAAUUUCUUAGUGUCUAUAGGCAGCAGCCUCUAAUGUGCUAGUGAUGGCUAUUUAACAAUCUGAUGGCCUUGAGAUAGAAGCUGUUUUUCAGUCUCUCGUUCCCAGCUUUGAUGCAACUGUACUGACCUCGCAUUCUGGAUGAUAGCGGGGUGAACAGGCAGUGGCUUGGGUGGUUGAUGUCCUUGAUGAUCUUUUUGGCCUUCCUGUGACAUCGGGUGCUGUAGAUGUCCUGGAGGGCGGGUAAUUUGCCCCCGGUAAUGCGUGGGGCAGACCGCACCACCCUCUGGAGAGCCCUGCGGUUGCGGGCGGUGCAGUUGCCGUACCAGGCGGUGAUACAGCCCGAUAGGAUGCUCUCAAUUGUGCAUCUGUAAAAGUUUGAGGGUUUUAGGUGCCAAGCCAAAUUUCUUCAGCCUCCCUGAGGUUGAAGAGAGGCUCUGUUGCGCCUUCUUCACCACACUGUCUGUGUGGGUGGACCAUUUCAGUUUGUCAGUGAUGUGUAUGCCAAGGAACUUCAAGCUUUCCACCUUCUCCACUGCGGUCCUGUCGAUGUGGAUAGGGGGGUGCACCCUCUGCUGUUUCCUGAAGUCCACGAUCAUCUCCUUUGUUUUGUUGAUGUUGAGUGAGAGGUUAUUUUCCUGGCACCACACUCCCAGAGCCCUCACCUCCUCCCUGUAGGCUGUCUCGUCAUUGUUGGUAAUCAUGCCUACCACUGUUGUGUCGUCUGCAAACUUGAUGAUUGAGUUGAAGGCGUGCUUGGGUGGGAGUAAAGGAGUGGGCUGAGCAUGCACGCUUGUGGGACCCCAGUGUUGAGGAUCAGCGAAGUGGAGGUGUUGUUUCCUACCUUCACCACCUGGGGGGCGGCCCGUCAGGAAGUCCAGGACCCAGUUGCACAGGGCGGGGUUCAGACCCAGGGCCUCGAGCUUAAUGAUGAGCUUGAAGGGUACUAUGGCGUUGAAUGCUUAGCUAUAGUCAAUGAACAGCAUUCUUACAUAGGUAUUCCUCUUGUCCAGAUGGGAUAGGGCAGUGUGAUAGCGAUUGCAUCGUCUGUGGAUCUAUUGGGGCGGUAAGCAGAUUGAAGUGGGUCUAGGGUGACAGGUAAGGUAGAGGUGAUAUGAUCCUUGACUAGUCUCUCAAAGUACUUAAUGAUGACAGAGGUGAGUGCUACGGGGCGAUAGUCAUUUAGUUCAGUUACCUUUGCUUUCUUGGGUACAGGAACAAUAGUGGCCAUCUUGAAGCAUGUGGGGACAGCAGACUGGGAUAGGGAGAGAUUUAAUAUGUCCGUAAACACACCAGCCAGCUGGUCUGCGCAUGCUCUGAGGAUGCGGCUAAGGAUGCCGUCUAGGCCGGCAGCCUUGCGAGGGUUAACACGUUUAAAUGUUUUACUCACGUCGCGGAGCGCACAGCCCUUGGUAGUGGGCCGCGCGGUGGCACUGUGUUAUCCUCAAAGCUGGCGAAGAAAGUGUUUAGCUUGUCCGGAAGCAAGACAUCGGUGUCGGCGACGUUGUUGGUUUUCCUUUUGUAGUCUGUGAUUGUCUGUAGAAAAUGAAGAGGAUUGUAGUAAUGAUGAUGAAGAUUGUUUCUUCCUCCCUCAGGAAAUGUUUUGACUUCUUGGACCUGCUGCUGCAGGAGUGGCAGACCCAGACUCUGGAGAGGUGAGAGUUGAACACACAGCCGGACAAAUAAAUAUAGGGCCGUUCAAAAGCUAAUGGAAUCUUGGUUGAAUGUUGUACACAUGUUCAACUUCUCUCUGUCUGUCUGUCUGUCUGUCUCUCUCUCAGACAUACAGCAGUGAUGGUAGCGAGCAUUAAGAAGGGGAUCGCAGAUGCCGACGCAGAGGCCAGAGUAGAGGCCCGCAAGUAAGACACACACACACAUUUGCCUACACACAUACUCACACCUUCUCUAUCUUCUCUCACACCUUCUCUCUCUCUCUCCCUCCCUCUCUCAGGGCAUACUGGGGUCUGAGGAACCAUUUUCCGGGAGAGGCGGACACUCUGUUCAACUCGUUAGAACCUUCCUAUCAGAGGAGCCUCCAGUCGUCACUCAGGAAUGCCGGGAGCGUGGCGUCGCUUCCUCAGAGCGACCGCUCCUCUUCCUCUUCACAGGAGAGCCUCAAGUAAUGACCCCUGACCCCCCUGACCUUUAACCAUGCAGUGUUUAACCUAAUAUGUUUUUUGGGGGGAGGGGCUCAGAACUACCCAAAAAGUAAUAUUGUGCUCUUUCUCUCUCUCUACCUCUAUCUCUCUACCGUACCUCGAGCGCUGUCCCGCUAGAGCGCUCGUCUCCCCCAUCGCGUCCUCUCGCUACCUACGCGACCGCUCUACCGCUCCGUCGCUAAACCUGCUCCUCGACCUCCUGCUGCCGCACUCGCUACCCGACCUCUCCUCUACCUCACCUCUCCUCUACCUCUACCCCCUACCUCUACCUCUCUCUCUUACCUCUACCUCUCUCUCCUCUACCUCACUCUUACCGCCUACCUCUACUCUACCUCUACUCUCUCUCUCCCUCUACACCUCUCUCUCUCCCUCUACACCUCUCUUCUCCCUCUACCCUCUCUCUCUCUACUCUACCUCUCUCUCUACCUUCUACCUCUCUACUCUCUACCUCUACCUCUCUACCUCUCUAACCUCUCUACCUCUACCUCUCUCCUCUCUCUCUCUCUCUCUCUCUCUCUCUCUCCCUCUCUCUCUCUCUCUCUCUCUCUCUCUCUCUCUCUCUCUCUCUACCUCUCUACCUCUACCUCUCUACCUCUCUCUCUCUACCUCUAUCUCUCUACCUCUCCCAGUCGUCCUCUGUCGUCUAAAUGGUCAGCUGCUCCUGGAAGAGGUGAAACACAAACACACACAAAUAUCAUUCCUGAUCUUGUUCAAGUGGUGUGUACGUUAUUUGUUUAUGUUUGACUAUUCACACAUUUAUACUGAACAAAAAUCUAACCGCAACAUGCUCUAAGAUGUUACUGAGCUAUAGUUCAUUUUUACAUUUUUUACAUUUUUAGUCAUUUAGCAGACGCUCUUAUCCAGAGCGACUUAGUUAGCGAGUGCAUACAUUAUUUUAUUUUUCAUACUGCCCCCCCGUGGGAAUCGAACCCACAACCCUGGCGUUGCAAACGCCAUGCUUUACCAACUGAGCUACAUCCCUGCCGGCCAUUCCCUCCCCUACCCUGGACAACACUGGGCCAAUUGUGCGCCGCCCCAUGGGUCUCCCGGUCGCGGCCGGCUACGACAGAGCCUGGAACCAGGAUCUCUAGUGGCACAGCUAGCACUGCGAUGCAGUGCCUUAGACCAUUGCGCCACUCAGGAGUACAUAUAAGGAAAUCAGUCUAUUUAAAUUAAUCAGGCCCUAAUCUAUACAUUUCACAUGACUGGGCAGAGGUGCAGCCGUAGGUGGGCCUGGGAGGGCAUAGGCCCACUUGGCAGCCAGGCCCAGCCAAUCAGAAUUCGUUUUUCCCCACAAAAGGGCUUUAUUACAGACAGCAAUACUCCUCACAUUUUAAAGUGGCCUUUUAUUGUCCCCAGCACAAGGUGCACCUGUGUAAUGAUCAUGCUGUUUAAUCAGCUUCUUGAUAUGCCACACCUGUCAGGUGGAUGGAUUUAUCUUGGCAAAGGAGAAAUGCUCACUAACAGGGAUGUAAACAGAUUUGUGCAAAACGUUUGAGAGAAAUAAGAUUUUGUGCGUAUGGAACAUUUCUGGGAUUUUUUAUUUCAGCACAUGAAACAUGGGACCAACACUUUACAUGUUGCGUUUAUAUUUUUGUUCAGUGUAGUCAUGUGUGUAUGUCUGUACAUGUAUGUAUGUGUGUGUUUAUGUCCAAGCAAGUGAUUGUAUACAUGGUGGUGAUGUUGGUGGUGUUUGUACAGUAUUGUGAUGUAUUGUUUGCAUGUGUGUGUGUGUGUGUGUGUGUGUGUGUGUGUGUGUGUGUGUGUAUAUAUAUCCUCCUUCCCCCCCCUCACCCCUUCCCAGUCCCAGCGGGUCAUAAGGGUGGGGCGUCGCCAGGCUCCCUGCAGCGUUCCCGUAGCGAUGUGGAUGUUAAUGCAGCAACAGUUGCUAAGCAGCGGCACAUCGGGCAGGUGGGGGCGGGGAGACUGACCCCCGGCUCCUACUCGUCAUUGGGUAAGGCAGCUGUCAAUCGAGCCAGACAGCCAACCAACCAGACAGGCAGUUUAGACAUCUGUCUACAUCAGUCAGCUGUCUGUCAAGCAGUCUAUCAAUUAAUCAAUCAAUCACCGACAUAGACACACACACACACACACUCACAGUCACGGUGCUGUAUGUUAUGAUGGUUUCCUGCUGCUUUCAAGACCUGGGCUGAACUCCUCUCGAUCUCUCUGAAUACAUUGCCUGCAUCUCUCUCCUAACCUAGGUUUGUCUGUCUGAGGGGCUGUUUGUCUGUCUGAGGGGCUGUUUGUCUGUCUGUGUCUGCUUGCUGCCUGUCUGUGUGUUGUAUGGCUGUGUGUUUGUGUAGCCAUGGUCUGUCAGUGUGUAUUUGUUAGGUGUUUUAGUUCUUGAUUCUCUGUUUGAACCAUGUUCUCUUACUAACACAGACACUAUACCACUCUCUUUCCCUCCUCUUCUUUUCUCCACCCUCUCUCCGUCUCACUUGACCGUUACUGUUCUCUCCUCUCUCUCUCUCUCUCUCUGCCACUAAAGAUGAUGCCUCUGAUAAAAUGGAUGGUAAGAUCAUCUCCUCCUGCUUCACUCUCAUCCGCUCAAAAACACUUCAUGCUUUUCUUUUUCUACAUGUUUUUUUCAUUCUUCCCUUCAUCCCUCCUUCCUGUGUAUUCUGGGUGGUGGCCCUGGACAGCAACUCUGUAACCCCAGCCAGUCUGUAACCAUGGCACCCUCUGCUGUUCGUCUGUUCUCUCACACACUCACAUUCUCAUAUUCCAUUAAUCAUACAGUAUCUCAUAUCUGGGACCAGAGCAUAUGAAAUAAGGAAAGAAGUUCUUAUUUAAUGUUGAAUGUUAUUUUGUUUAUUAACAGUCACAUGUUUAGUCCAUGUAGCUACAUAAUAAUAAUACAUGGGAUUUAAAGAGCCGUUCAAAAAACCCUCUCACUUUAAACACCCUACAUCACAUUAUAUGACCUUUGACCCCUGACACAUCCCUCCCCCCUCUCUGUAUCUGAUUUUAGGGGCCAGGUCAGUCAAUGGUAAGACAAUAGUAGUUACUGUAGGUCUAGACUGUAAGACUAGUUACUGUGUAGCCUGUAGUUAGGUAUAUACCUGUAUAUAGACUAAGUAGUAUUCAGCAGUAGUGCUUCUUACCUCUAAACUAGUGCUUAUUGCUUAGUGGUGGAGGGCUCUGUUCUAUUCAGAAAGUGUGAGAACAAGAGAAAGUGUGUGUGUCCAGUCUAACAGUAUGACCUCUGACCUCAGGACGUCUGAGGACCAAGCAGCCUCUCACCACGGCAACCAGCGUCAGCCAGGUGGACUCCCGGGGACGCACCCGCACCAAGAUGGUGUCCCAGUCACAACGUAAUAAGAAACACACAUGCGCGCACACACACACACACACACACACAUAUAUACACACACACCUUAAACACAUACACACACAACACGUUCACACAGUUUUUGAGCCUCAAAUACCACACCCCUCACAUACACACAAUGUUCCACUGCCGUAUUACUCUGAAUGUAUGUGUAUUUGAGCGUGUGUGUGUUUGCUAGAUGAGUUAUACGUACUCUUUCUGUAGUCACUGCUGGUAACCCUCACAGUGACAAUAAGCUCCUGCAAAUGUUUUUUAUACCUCUUAGGUUCCGACGAAUCAGAUUGCACGCCAGGUAUUCUGUGUGUGUGUUGCAGUGGGGUAGACGGACCCAUUAUGUUGCUCUCAUGGUCACCGUUGUUUGUUGUGAAUGUGGGAGUGGGUAUGAGAGUGUGUGUGUGUUCUCUGCAUGCUCUGUUGUCUCAUCACUGAGAGUGGUGUGUUGGUUGGUGUGAAGAGUCCAGUUCUGCCAAUAGUUAUUAAGAAAUACCAAAACAUGACAAAAACAGGAGCCAACUCAGCAAAUAAAGUUGGUGCAGCACUCUCAAAUCAAGAGUGUCGACUGGUCUGACCUCUUAGGAAAACCUGCCUAUGUUUUGUUAUUACAUAAACUGUGACGAUGAAGCCCCCAAAUCAUAAUCCAGAUUAUGGGUUGAAUGUGAAAAAUGGGAUCUCUCUGAGGCUCAACCUGGCAGAAUAAAAACAGAACAGAUUCUAGGAACGAGAGAUUAACUUCAAAGUCAAAGCCGUUGGGGGGGGGAAUUAUUUUAUUUAUUUAAAUUUGAUAAAAUAUUGAAUUUGGUCUUUCUACUAUAGCCCAUAGUAACGCAUUGAAUAACACAUUCAUAAAUGGCAAAGACAGUCAAAAAAUCAAUCAUAAGGAAUACAUUUAUGAAGUGUCUGUCCUAUAUCUAGUAGAUAUAAGAAAGCUCAGGAAAUAUUUUAGCUUUUUUGGACACAUUUAACCCCUUAUUUUUGUUGCCACAAAAUUGUUUUGUUUGAGUUACCUUCAGAACAAUCCCGUGAAACUUGUGGGGGUUGUAGAGCAAAACAGAGAACACCAUCAUGUUCGUGAGAGUCUCCCCUUUCCACAGAGUGGUCUCAUCUUUCCACGUUAGUUUGUAGGGAAAAACCGUUAUGACGCUACUGAUGUUUUUGUGAGAAGACCGAUUUUUGCGAUGUCUCAUGGUCUGACAAACACAGAUGCAGAUCGGCCACCUUCCACCGCAGAUGCGGAAGGCCGACAUGGGCGGGCAGAUGCAGCGGAUUGAGACGCAUUAUUCUGAUAUCUCUAGAAUAAACUAAAGGAUUUUUAUGUUACUUAGCUUAGAUUGACGUACUGGUGCGUCAAAUGACUUAAGGAUUAAGAGAGAGACAAUUAAGAAUGCUGGUGAGAUAUAUUUGGGAUAUAGAGCUGUGGUUGGGCAGUGCAGGUUUUGGCAGUGUGUGUGUGAGAGAGUGUGUCUGUGUUUUUAGAGCAUUUUUACUUUGAGGCGUUUUUAUUUCCUCCAUUGUAAAGCUGCUUUGCUUAGUCAGUGAUACUGCUGCAUCACACACCAGCUACUCAUCAUGCAGUGCUCUACCGUUCUUCCAUCGAGCAUCACAGCUGGCUCCGUGUGUCUCAGCAUUCAUAGUUUAUUCUAUAUUUAUUUACAUUUAAUUGAUAAAUGUAUUUCCGUGUUUGAAGCGUGGCCAUUGUCGCUCUCAUUCUCUUGUCUCGGAACGCUCCCAUGAUGCUCUCUGUGUUCUAACUCCCAUGGUGCUUUGUGCUCUAACACCCAUAAUCCAUCUGGUUUAACUUCCUGUUCCUGUCCCCGCUCCGCUCCCCUCUCCAAUCCUGCCUUCUCAUUGGUGCAGGAUCUCAGUCUGCUACCCCCAUUGGUGGUAAGAGUCUAACGUACUACAUGUUACCCUCAUCACCCCUUCUCUCACACCUCACCUCUUAUCACCCUCCUCACCCAUCAACAAAGCUGGUCACCUAAAGCUCCACACCCUCUCUGGCUGAAGCAUGCUGGGAAUUGUAGUUCAAACUAAAACAUGGCUGCCUGCCUUCUUAUGACUAAUUGCGCUCUGAGCUGAGGCCUGUGUCUACCGGUAGGAGGGAGCAGAGAGGAUGAGGGGAUAGAUGCGGAAGAUUAGGGAGAGAGAUGCAUUGAUGAUUCUGAUGCAUGGGAUGUAGAAUGCCAUGUGACCAGCAUGCUCUGACAGACCAGACCACUCUGAGGUGGGGUUGUAGGUACAGUAGGGUAGUCCCAUCUAUCCCUUGUUUAGUCACAUAGUGUUAGCUCCAACUCACUUGGUGUUAGCAGUUAGAGGUCAAUCAUGGUGGUGUGUGUGUGUAGAAGACUGUGUAGACUGUGUGUAGCCUAGACUGUGUGUAGUAUGUAAGGUUUGUGUAUUCUGCGUAUGUGUGGUGAAAUAGAUUGAUGUGAUAAGUUUCAGUUGUGUGGUAAAGUGUUUUUCUCACUCAUGUCACAUAACCCUCUAUGUCCACAUUUCACUUUCAGCACUUCUUCACGUCUCUGUCUUUGAGUUAAAAGAUCACAAAGGCAUGUGUAGAUCUGUGACAUUCAGCACAAUGCAUUAUGGGCUGUGUGAUUGGAGACUGGAAGAAUGAAAAACAUAUAUUGUACUCCAUGUCAUUAUUUGGGAAUAAGCAAACGACCCACUGAAAUGAUGACAGUCCCAAGAUGGCCGCCAAAGCUGGUCCCCUGAGUCCGGUUGAAAACAACCCCUAACCAUGAAAUCAAAAUGGCUUCAGUUCCAUUGAGCCCAUUCACCAUGUUCCUACACAUAUCUAGUUUCUUCUGAUCUGCUAACCAGACCUGGGUCAAUAAUACAGUCAUAUACUUUCAAAGACUUUAUUUGCACUUGAUUUACUAUUGAACUAAUGGGAAUAAUACUCCUAAAAGAAAAAACUCCUAGUUAGGUCAAGCGCACCUCAUACUUUUAAGUGUUUGACAUAUGUAUUCAACCCAGGUCUGCUGCAGACACUGAAGGGGUAGGGGCUAGAGGUUGUUGAUGUUGUUAUUAUUCCUUAGACAAUAGGGUCCCACGCAUGACUAGUGUGUGGUCUGUGUGUAUGUCUCUAACUCUCUCCCCUCCCGCUCUCUCUAGCCGGCAGUCGGAGUGGUUCCCCGGGCCGCGUCCUGACCAGUACAGCUCUGAGUACGCUUGGUUCCGGAGCCCAGAGGGUCCUAGCUGGGGCCGGAGGGGCUGGGACAGGAGGGAGACGUAGCCGCAUCCCCCGCAGCCAGGGCUGCUCACGAGACUCCUCCCCUACACGCCUGUCUGUUGGUAAGUACACACACAUACAGUAAUCAUUAUUGUGAACCAUCCCAGGCCCUUGUCUUACCUGCCUGAUUUCUUCUUGGUGACACACGCACCAAGCAGUUCCCCAAGCCUCCUCCUUUCCCUCCAUCGACAGGAUGCAUGGAUUUGUAUCUUUGUUUGUUAUUUCUAAACCAAUAAAUUCUUACCCCUCCUCCAUUGGCCUGCUUCUGUUUGUUCCUGCUCACGUCUGAUUGGCUAAGGCCCAGAGAUUGACAGGUCUCACACACACACACACACACACAGGGCGGUCUACUUGCAUCUCCACUGGCCUCCAACAACUUGAUCAAUCCGCACCAAUCGCAUGUUGCCCUUGCCACCGCAUCGUUGCGUGAUGUCACAUAUCAGUCCAUUCGUUUCUCCAACAACUUUGAAAGCGUGGUCCUCUGUAGCUCAGCUGGUAGAGCAUGGCGCUUGUAACGCCAAGGUAGUGGGUUCGAUCCCCGGGACCACCCAUACACAAAAAAAUAAAAAUAAUAAUGUAUGCACGCAUGACUGUAAGUCGCUUUGGAUAAAAGCGUCUGCUAAAUGGCAUAUUAUUAUUAUUAUUAUUAUUAUAAAGCGAGAACUAAUUUAAAGCUGACCUCAACUCUAUUUUACUCCCUCUUUCCUUCUCCUUCCUCUUUCAUCUGGUCUCUAGCUCCCUCCAGUAUUAGUUCCAUCUACAACGGAGCAAGCAGAGGAGGUAAGAACUCUCUGACUCUGUCCCUCUGACAACUCCACCUCCGCCCGCAUCUCUCAAUCUCUCCCUCUUUCUCUUUCUCUUCCUCUUCCUCCUCUCCAUCCCUCCAUUUCACUCUCUCUAUCCCUCUAUCUUCAUCUCUCUAUCUCACUCUCCAUCUCUCUCGCUCAAACCAUUUCAGCCUUCCGUCAGGCUGUCGCUCGCCGCCUCAAAAUUCCAGAAUCCUCCUCUAACUGCCGAAAGCAUGGCUGUGUGUUGUCAUGCGUGUUGUCAUGGUGAUGGGUUGCCAUGGUAAUCAUGGUGACAAUUUGUAUCUUCCCACUAACCAAUUGGCCACAGGUGUGAAUGAAGCGUCAUAGGAUCGGUGAAGCUUCAUUGGUUCCCCCAUAACACUUCCUUAGGCUGUGAUUAACUCUGAUUGGUGCGUGGGUGCCGGCUCUGGCCAAUGAACAGUCAGGAUGAGCUUGAUGCUUAUUGGAUGAAAACAGAGAUCCUCCCCCCAUCCCCUUGUCUUUCAUCUGCUUCUAAUUUCCUCCUCCUGCUGUGUAUGUGUGUGUGCGUCAGUGAGUGAGUGAGUGCUGACAUUGUUUAUAUAUAUGUCAUUUCUGAGCCCAGCAGUCCUGUACUCUCUAGGGCUGUGUCUCAACAGUCUACUGUGGCUUCUAAACCACUGUAGACUAUUGAGACUCACCUAUGGAGCCAGAAGAGCUGUGCUCUUUUUCAGUCCUGUCUCUAUCAGUGUGUCACUCUUAUGACUAUUCUCUCUCUCUCUCGCUCUCUCUCUCGCGCUCUCUCGCUCUCUCUCCUUUGUACUCUCUCUGUUUAUUUGUUUGUUUGUUGCUUGCUUGCUUUCUUUCUUUCCCCUUCUCUCCUCCGCCCCUCCCCUGCCCCUGGUAACAUGGUACUGUAGCUCGGGGCAGUCGUAUCCCUCGGCCCAGUAUGAGUCAGGGCUGCAGCAGGGAGGCCAGCAGAGAGAGCAGCAGAGACACCAGCCCUGUACGCUCCUUUACACCCCUGGGUGAGUAACACACACAACACAUCAUAGAUAUCACAUAGUAAAACACAGACACAAGCCAGCAAUAUGGAACAACAAAACUGACCACCUUGCGUACAGUUGAUCUAACAACAACAUGUGCUGUCAUUUUGGGGAUGACAUUCAAUCCACUAUAGAACGCUUAACCAGAAAGCGGUGCCUCCCAACACUAAGGAAGAUUAUUCCCAGCCAUUUGGACUGCCUGGGCUAGCUGAGAUGACUCUGGUCUUUGCCACAGAAAUUGAAUACUGUCAGACUGUAGGGAAGCAGAACUGGACUCUUAGGGCUACUAAUCACACACAUUGACAUUUUGUUGCAUGGUUCUGGGUCUCUCUUUCUCUCACACUGUGCGAGUGAGUUCUAACGGUGGGGGGCUGUUUUGUGUGUGGUUCUCCGUGUGUGCGGUGUGCGUGUGUGUGUGUGUGUGUGGGGUUGAUGGUUGCAGCGUCGCGGCACUACUCUCGCUCCACUGGAGCUCUCCACACCGCCGAUGCUUUAGGGGCCGCAGGUGAACGAUGAGUACCUCUAUCGUCUCUUUCACUCCCUCCAUCCGCUUGAUUCCUUCUAUUUUACGUUCUCUAUACAUCUUUUCUUUUUAAAGUUUUCUAGAUCUACUCUUUCUUCCUCCGUUAUAUAUUUUUUUCGUUCUCUUCCUGGACCUCAAGCUUCUGCCAGAAACGCAUGCUUCCUCCACCCCGUUCAGUUGCCAUGACAACCAUUCCAUCCAUUUCAGAGGAGGCAUUUGUAGCUCUCUUCUCUCACCCAUCUAUUUCCUGAUUUUAGUUCCGCCUCCCAUCAACACGGACACGCCCCCACACUGCGUCCUCCAUGUUUGUUUGUUUACUCCCAUCAUGCUUUGCCUGGAAGGUCACAGCUCUUGGGGGUCAAGGGUCACUUGGUCAUAUUUUAGUUAUUUAUUCACCAUGCCAUCUAGCCGGAGGGGGAGGGUAUUGAAGGGUUGAGGGCUUAUGGGAUGGGGAGGGGAGGUAUUUAAGGGUAGAGGGGUUAUGGGAUAGGGAGGGAGGGAGGGAAAGUAUUGAAGGAGGAAGGAAGGAGGUCUGAUGGGAUGAGGGUGGGAGAAAGGGAUUGCAAUUUUGUGUGUUUGACUGCAUCUGUAAUGUGUGCGUCUCUCGGGCUCUCUCUCUCUCUCUCUCUCUCUCUCCACCCUACAUCUCUCCACCCUACAUCUCUCCAGGGUCAGGGUACAGUAUCAGUCAGUCCAGUCGUCUGUCCUCAUCCGUCAGCGCCAUGAGAGUCCUCAACACAGGAUCUGAUGUAGAAGAGGCCCUCGCUGACGCCCUGGUACACGCACACACAAACACUGAGACAAUAUUUAUGCAACUCCUCUUUCACCUUCCCUAUCUCUCUAUCCAUCAUGGCUCAUAUAUACACAUCCAAACUCUUACACUGUACUCACACACUCUCACACACUUACUGUUGUGUUGUGACUAACCCCUGGUUCCUCCUCUGUUUAACGCUCUCAGCUGUUGGGAGACAUGAGAUCCAAGGUCAGCGUCUCUACCUACUGCUGUGUGUGUGUGUGCGUGCGGUUGAUACGUGUUAUUUUAUGUGUACAUGUUACGUAAAGGGAAAGUAUGUUUCUCACUCUCUCUCUCUCUCUCUCUCUCUCUCUCUCUCUCUCUCUCUCUCUCUCUCUUUAUCUCCUCCCCCCUGUAGAAGAAGCCAGCACGGCGGCGCUAUGAGAACUAUGGGAUGUAUUCGGAUGAUGACGCUAACAGUGAUGCGUCCAGCGCCUGCUCAGAGCGCUCCUAUAGCUCCAGGAACGGAGGAGUCAUCCCUACGUACAUGAGACAGACUGAAGACGUGGCCGAGGUCAGAAACAAUACCGUUUUUGGAUUCAUCAUUGAUGGCAACAUAUGCAAAUAACAUUAACCCUUAUUUCAAUCAUUUCAAGCACUUCAGUUCACAUAUUUCCCCAUGCCUUAUGUGGAUUCCUGACUGAAGAUUGAAUAGUUCCAGUCAUUUUAAGAUUACGAUUAUUCAUCAAUUGUACACACACAAAAUGUGACUUCUUCUGUAUCCGAACCCUCCGAAAGAGACACAUACAAGUUGGAGCAGGGGUCUGCCUCACUGGGAGCCCAUGGAGCAGUUGUUGUGGGGGUUUAAGUGCAUUGCUCAAGGGCAUAACAGCAUCUAGGAUUCGACACCAGCAACCGUCCGGUUGCCGGCUCUCUUCCCGCCAGAUGUUUUACCAUCGGACUGCAAACCUCUGGUUGCUGGCUUGCCUCUCUAACCGCUAAGCUACCUGCCACCCAGUUUAAAAGGAGAUUGUCAUCUGUCCUUUAACCCUUUGUGUCCCAGGUGUUGAACCGCUGUGCCAGUGCUAACUGGUCGGAGAGGAAGGAAGGGCUACUGGGUCUACAGGCUCUACUGAAGAACCAGCGCACCCUCAGGUCAGCCUAUCACAACGCAGGGUUUCACCCGGCAGCCUAUCACAACGCAGGGUUUCACCUGGCAGCCUAUCAGGGACUAUUCAAACAGUCAGAGAAGCUGUUUAUCCAAUGCAAUACAUGCUACCAUAGGUGUAUUCAACUUUCUAUAAUCGUGUGUGUGUGUGUGUGUGUGUGUGUGUGUGUGUGUGUGUGUGUGUGUGUGUGUGUGUGUGUGUGUGUGUGUGUGUGUGUGUGUGUGUGUGUGUGUGUGUGUGUGUGUGUGUGUGUGUGUGUGUGUGUGUCUACAGUCGUGUGGAGUUGAAGAGGUUGUGUGAGAUCUUCACCAGGAUGUUUGCAGACCCCCAUAGUAAGGUAUGGAUGCACACACACACACACACACAAUCCACAGACACCUUAAACACAUACAGUAUAUAUACACACACACACCUGUGUUUAUACUGGAUACCGGAUUCUGCCGAAACGACACUCACGAAACUAGGUUCUGCAAACACACAUUUAUUCUCACACAUGGAAACAAAUAUACACAGACACACUGAGACUCAUAGAAUCAGACAAAAAGUCAUGCACACAAACACACACACACACACCCAUACACACUGACACACACCCACAGGCAUGUGCUGCGUGCGGCGGUAGCUGACUGGUUUCUAACGGCAUGCCACGCCUGAGUCUGCGUGUGACCUCACACUCUCCGCUAGCCAAUGGGAUUGCUCUCGCACUGUUCGUUAGCCAAUCCGCUGGUUGUGCUCACCGCGUUCACUGCAACUCCUUCCCUCUUCUUCCCUGCGUGAUCUAUAUAAGAUUACACUGACCGCAAACACACACACACACUUCUGCUGUUUUUGCAGCACCCCCCCUUCCCCCGCCUCUCUUUCUUUCUCACUAACCACGCCCUCUACGGUUCGCCCCUCCACCUCUAACGCCACUCCCCAUCCCCUCUUCCUGCCGGCGUUUGGAGUCUCCCCCUCACCCACCCCCCUGCCGCCCCCAACCCCCCGUCCCGCCCCUCGUCUGACGGUACCGGUUGUGACUUUCAGCGAGAAUCCGGAUCUAGGGUCUAUGGAACGGCAGAAUCCGGUAUAAGCUCAGCCUCCUUCAAGGUACACCUCACUGUCACACACUCCUCUCUUUCUCUCUUCCCCACUCUCUCUCUCUUUUCUCCCCACUUUCUUUAUCUAUCUCUAUCUUUCUGAAUGUCUAUCUCUUCUCCCUCCCUCUUCUUUCUUUCUCUCUCUCUGACUAUCUUUCUCCUUUCUCUCUCUCUCCCCUUUUCUCUCUGGUGUGUAUAGAGACAGAGGAACUCCUAUAAGAACCAGGAGUGGUUCUUAUAAGAGGGCUGUAGUGUAGUCCUUGUCUUCACAGUGUAUCACAUUGAUAUGAAUGCACAAUACCACCUGUUUCAGUUCAGAGGUACUCUGACAUCAGUCCGAGUCGGGAAGCACCAUGUGUGCACUGCACGCAUAUCUGUGAGCGCAUGUGUUGAGAGGGUGUGUGUGUGUGUGUGUGUGUGUGCGUGCGUGGGUGUGCAUGAUUGUGUCUGUGUGUGUUAGGGUGAGCACAUUUAAAAUACCCAAAUGCGGGACCACAGGAUGAUUUUGCGGGACAGUGUGGACUGAACUAGCUAAUUGAAGCGCACCAGCCGCACAUAGCCUAUUCUUUUUCCUUGCGCAACAUCUGGUGAUGCAGAAACAAGAGACCACGUGUGGCUGUUUUAUGAAAAUCUGGGAAUAUUUAGCCAAGAAAACAUUUCUGGUUGGUCUCAGGGAAUUUAAAAUAGUUAGGAAGAGAUACUUUUUUUUUAACGAGUGAGUGAAGUAGCUGCAAAUAUGUUGAAUGAGCAACUAAUGAGACUGGAGAGCCUCACAAGUCUAAUACGGCUAUUUACUUACUUUUAUAGCUCCUCAUCAGAAGCACGCUUUUUGUAAGUAGUAAGGCCUAACUGUCCUCCAAGUUUAGCUGGAAUUUGGCCCGAAAGGAUUUGAAAAAUGUCAUUGGUUGACGAUAGGCCAUGACAUUGGCCUACAUCUCGUCUUGCGCUGCGCAGAAUAUCAGAUCUCAACAACGAUUGGAGAAGAGUUUAGCAUCACCAGUACCACAUCCUGAUGAUAUACAGGCCUAUCUUUUCAUAAGCGCAACGUGACUGCAAGAGACCAGAUGGAAUGUCUGGCUGAAAUAUAGGACAAAUCGAACAUUUGUGGUGUUUGGAGUUGUUGAUAAAAUACGGGACAAGAUUGUUUGGUUGAGGGACAAAGGGCCAAAAUCCGGGACGUGUGUGUGUGUGUGUGUGUGUGUGUGUGUGUGUGCUUCCCAGGAUGCUAACUGUUGUAUGUUUCUCUCUCCUCCAUGCCUCUCCUUUGGAACUCUCUGUAGAGAGUAAGUCUGGACAACGUUUAUUUUACGUUCAAUUAACGUUUGAUUAACGCUUGUGUGGUUGUGACACUAACCUGGUACUCUGAUUGGAGACUAAUCUCGAAUUCAUUGAUUGAUCUGGCGAAUGGUAAACUGACUGGGCGGCUAAUUUAAUGGUUUCCAAGGCAACCACAGACUCACUCACUAACCGACCCGGUGAUGUCAUAGCUCACAGCAGUCACUAUGACAUCAUCACGCCCUCCUGUGAUUGGUGUCUGAGUCCCUGCUGUUUUGCAGGUGACAGCCAAUCAGCAUGUGUGUUUAGUGAAUACUGAAUAUUGAUUGUGUAUUGGUAAAACAUCAUUCUGCUUGCUGCACGCUGACUGGAGUGAGUGAGUGGUUGGUUGGUUGGUUGAUUUGGUUAAUUGAUAAGUGAAUGGAGUUGCUUCCCUCAGACUAUCCCAUAGUACCUGUGUGUGUCACUCAUGUUUGUGUGCAUGAAAAUGUUCCUCUGUCUCUUCUAAGUGUGUGUUUAUUUGUGCGUGUGUACAUGAGUGUGUGUGUUUAUAUACAGUGAGGGGAAAAAAGUAUUUGAUCCCCUGCUGAUUUUGUACGUUUGCCCACUGACAAAGACAUGAUCAGUCUAUAAUUUUAAUGGUAGGUUUAUUUGAACAGUGAGAGACAGAAUAACAAAACAAAAAUCCAGAAAAACGCAUGUCAAAAAUGUUAUAAAUUGAUUAGCAUUUUAAUGAGGGAAAUAAGUAUUUGACUCCUCUGCAAAACAUGACUUAGUACUUGGUGGCAAAACCCUUGUUGGCAAUCACAGAGGUCAGACAUUUCUUGUAGUUAGCCCCAGGUUUGCACGCAUCUCAGGAGGGAUUUUGUCCCACUCCUCUUUGCAGAUCUUCUCCAAGUCAUUAAGGUUUCGAGCCUGACGUUUGGCAACUCGAACCUUCAGCUCCCUCCACAGAUGUUCUAUGGGAUUAAGGUCUGGAGACUGGCUAGGCCACUCCAGGACCUUAAUGUGCUUCUUCUUGAGCCACUCCUUUGUUGCGUUGGCCGUGUGUUUUGGGUCAUUGUCAUGCUGGAAUACCCAUCCACGACCCAUUUUCAAUGCCCUGGCUGAGGGAAGGAGGUUCUCACCCAAGAUUUGACGGUACAUGGCCCCGUCCAUCGUCCCUUUGAUGCGGUGAAGUUGUCCUGUCCCCUUAGCAGAAAAACACCCCCAAAGCAUAAUGUUUCCACCUCCAUGUUUGACAGUGUGGAUGGUGUUCUUGGGGUCAUAGGCAAGUUGAUGCCAAAGAGCUCGAUUUCGGUCUCAUGUAACCACAACACUUUCACCCAGUUCUCCUCUGAAUCAUUCAGAUGUUCAUUGGCAAACUUCAGACGGGCCUGUAUAUGUGUUUUCUUGAGCAGGGGGACCUUGCGGGCGCUGCAGGAUUUCAGUCCUUCACGGCGUAGUGUGUUACCAAUUGUUUUCUUGGUGACUAUGGUCCCAGCUGCCUUGAGAUCAUUGACAAGAUCCUCCCGUGUAGUUCUGGACUGAUUCCUCACCGUUCUCAUGAUCAUUACAACUCCACGAGGUGAGAUCUUGCAUGGAGCCCCAGGCCGAGGGAGAUUGACAGUUCUUUUGUGUUUCUUCCAUUUGCGAAUAAUCGCACCAACUGUUGUCACCUUCUCACCAAGCUGCUUGGCGAUGGUCUUGUAGCCCAUUCCAGCCUUGUGUAGGUCUACAAUCUUGUCCCUGACAUCCUUGGAGAGCUCUUUGGUCUUGGCCAUGGUGGAGAGUUUGGAAUCUGAUUGAUUGCUUCUGUGGACAGGUGUCUUUUAUACAGGUAACAAACUGAGAUUAUGAGCACUCCCUUUAAGAGUGUGCUCCUAAUCUCAGCUCGUUACCUGUAUAAAAGACACCUGGGAGCCAGAAAUCUUUCUGAUUGAGAGGGGGUCAAAUACUUAUUUCCCUCAUUAAAAUGCAAAUCAAUUUAUAACAUUUUUGACAUGCGUUUCUCUGGAUUUUGUUGUUGUUAUUCUGUCUCUCACUGUUCAAAUAAACCUACCAUUAAAAUUAUAGACUGGUCAUUUUUUUGUCCGUGGGCAAACAUACAAAAUCAGCAGGGGAUCAAAUACUUUUUUCCCUCACUGUAGUGUGUGUGUGUGUAACUAAUGUCCCCUGUCUCUCCCCAGGUGUUCAGUAUGUUCUUAGAGACCCUAGUGGACUUUGUCCUGGUGCAUAAAGAAGACCUGCAGGACUGGCUGUUCGUCCUGCUCACCCAGCUGCUGAAGAAGAUGGGAGCUGACCUACUGGGAUCAGUACAGGCCAAGGUCCAGAGAGCACUGGACAUCACACGGUCAGUGUGUGUGUGUAUAACGUGUGUGUUUGUACAGUUUGUGUGUGCGUAUAUCUUACGUGUGUGUGUGUCUGUAAUGUGUGUAUCUAUAACGUGUGUGUGUGUGGUGUUAUCUCCCCUACAGAGAGUCUUUCCCCAAUGACCUCCAGUUCACUAUCCUCAUGAGGUUCACUGUGGACCAGACUCAGACACCCAACCUCAAGGUACACAGCUGUGUGUGUGUGUCUGUGUCUGUGUAGGGGGGUAGAUGUUUUAUGUGUGUGUGUGUGUGUUCUAUAUAUGAAGAAAGCGAUGGACAGAGUGAGAAGAGACAAUGAGAGAAGAGGAAGGGAGAGUGAAAGGGAUGUAGGGAGGGUUGAAAGACAGGGACAGCCUCUCAGUCGCCAGACUCACCAACUGUCUCAGUAACCACGGUAACUAUUGUAUCAGUAACCAUGGUAACCACUUUUCUGACCUCACGGCUGUUUAACACUGGCUCCGCUCCCUACCCACCCAAUCCCUGGACUCUGAUUGGAUAGCGACUGAUAUGCCUCCAAUUAAAUCCGCCAACCACAGGCUUUGCUCUCUGCAGUCUGAGCCCGCCUCACCUCCCCUUCCUCGCUGCCUCCCUCUAUCCUCUCCCCUCCCUCUUCCUCCAUCUUCUCCUCCCUCCUCUCUCCUUGUGUUUCCCUUUAUACACUUGUUUGCUCCCUCCCUUUCCUCUCCCCUUUCCCCUCCCCUCCCCCACCUCCAUCCUUCACUUUCAUUACAUCCCCUUCCUCCAUCUUCUCCUCCCUCGUUCACUCUUCACCUCACCUUCCCUUGCUUUUCCUUCUCUCAAUUUUCUUAUGUCGUUUUCACUCCUCUCAUCCCUUGUUAUUCUCCCAUCCUCCCUCACUCCCCUCUUCCUCGUUGCUCUAUGCACUUGCUCCCUGUCUCCGUGUGUGUCCGUCUGUCUGUCUUGCCUCCUCUCUCCAUCCCUAUCUCCCUCCCCUACAUCCUCUUCCUCCCUCCCCCUAUCUCCCCUUUCUUCCCCUCCUCUCCCCCUCCUUCCCCUCCUCUCCCCUGCCUCCUCCCUUCCUCCCCUCCUCUCCCCUUCCUCCCCUCCUCUCCCCUUCCUCCCCUCCUCUACCCUUCCUCCCCUCCUCUACCCUUCCUCCCCUCCUCUCCCCUUUCACCCCUUCCUCCCCUCCUCUACCCUUCCUCCCCUCCUCUACCCUUCCUCCCCUCCUCUACCCUUCCUUCCCCUCCUCUCCCCUUCCUCCCCUUCCUCCCCUCUCCUCUCUACCCUUCCUCCCCUCCUCUACCCUUCCUCCCCUCCUCUACCCUUCCUCCCCUCCUCUCCCCUUCCUCCCCUCCUCUACCCUUCCUCUCCCCUCUCUACCCUUCCUCCCCUCCUCUCCCCUUUCUCCCCUCCUCUCUCCCUUCCUCCCCUCCUCUUCCCCUUCCCUCCCCUCCUCCCCCCUCAUCCCCUCCUCUCCCUUCCUCCCCUCCUCUACCUCUCCUCCCAUUCGCUACCCUUCCCUCAACUUCUCCAUCUCAAACUCUCUCUCUCUCUCUCCCAACCUUCCUCUCCCUUUCUCCCUCUUCUCCCCCAACUUCCUCUCUCCCUCCCCCCGCCUCUCCCCCCCCCCCCCCUAUCUCUCCCCUCCCACGCCCCCCUCCCUCUCUCUCUGAUGCGGUGCUCUCCUCUCCUCUCUCUCUCUAAGCCUGUGGGGAGGAGGGGAACGUGUUGUGGGCGGCGCAACGUUAAAUUGAUUCCCCCUGCUUCAAGAACCAUGCGGCGCAACGUUAAAUUGCUCCCCCCUGCCACGAGAGCCCCCAGGUGGCACCACGCCUGCUGCUCUCUGAACGAGCAGGUCUCAGCCUGGAACCAAUCUUCCCAGGUCAGUGCGCUCAGGGGGGAGCAUUUUUAUGACGCGCACAUUGAGGAGCAGGCGGUCGGUCGAUGAGGUGUUUUUAAUAGAGGAAGAGUGAGACUGAGAGAUGGAGAGAGAAAAAAUACAUUUAAAGGAAUGAAAAUACUGUAAAAGAGAAUAACUAAUGUGAGAACGAAGAACGAAUGUGAAUGGUGGCUCUUUUUCCUCUAGUUCUCAUUUGUCUUUAUUGGUUUCUCCCCCCCAUGAUAGCUGCGUGACUACAACUGCGAAGGAGAUUAGCAUCUUACUGCACCCUCUUUGUUGUUGCGGAUGUUUACUUUGUAUCGCUGAGUAGCUCAAACUUGAACUGGCUCUAACUAGAACUAGUUUCAGCCCAGAGUUAGGAAACUCCUGGGAUGAUCCAUGAUCCACACAGACAGAAAAUGUUUGUGUGUGUGUAUGAGUGGGUUGUCUAACCUUUAUACUAUGAAUGUGUGUGUGUCUCUGUGUGUAUGUUGUGUCCAGGUGAAGGUGGCCAUUCUGAAGUACAUUGAGACCUUGACCCUGCAGAUGGAGCCUCAGGACUUUGUCAACUCCAGUGAGACGCGCCUGGCUGUGUCUCGCAUCAUCACCUGGACCACAGAGCCCAAGAGCUCCGACGUCAGGAAGGUACUGUACACACAUUUCUGUAUGCUGCAAUUAGUUGAUUAUUGGUUGAAGCAAACUUUGAUUGGUUUCUGAUGUGUGUGUGUGUGUGUGUGUGUGUGUGUGUGUGUGUGUGUGUGUGUGUUCCAGGCUGCCCAGUCAGUGUUGAUCUCGUUGUUCCAGUUGAACACUCCAGAGUUCACCAUGCUGCUGGCAGCUCUGCCCAAGACCUUCCAGGAUGGCGCCACCAAACUGCUACAGAACCACCUGAGGAACACAGGCAACGCUGCACAGGUAAUUACACCUGGCCUUGGCUGUACCCCUCCCAGCAGGUAACUACACCUGGCCUUGGCUGUACCCCUCCCAGCAGGUAAAUACACCUGGCCUUGGCUGUACCCCUCCCAGCAGGUAACUACACCUGGCCUUGGCUGUACCCCUCCCAGCAGGUAACUACACCUGGCCUUGGCUGUACCCCUCCCAGCAGGUAACUACACCUGGCCUUGGCUGUACCCCUCCCAGCAGGUAACUACACCUGGCCUUGGCUGUACCCCUCCCAGCAGGUAACUACACCUGGCCUUGGCUGUACCCCUCCCAGCAGGUAACUACACCUGGCCUUGGCUGUACCCCUCCCAGCAGGUAACUACACCUGGCCUUGGCUGUACCCCUCCCAGCAGGUAACUACACCUGGCCUUGGCUGUACCCCUCCCAGCAGGUAACUACACCUGGCCUUGGCUGUACCCCUCCCAGCAGGUAACUACACCUGGCCUUGGCUGUACCCCUCCCAGCAGGUAACUACACCUGGCCUUGGCUGUACCCCUCCCAGCAGGUAACUACACCUGGCCUUGGCUGUACCCCUCCCAGCAGGUAACUACACCUGGCCUUGGCUGUACCCCUCCCAGCAGGUAACUACACCUGGCCUUGGCUGUACCCCUCCCAGCAGGUAAAUACACCUGGCCUUGGCUGUACCCCUCCCAGCAGGUAACUACACCUGGCCUUGGCUGUACCCCUCCCAGCAGGUAAAUACACCUGGCCUUGGCUGUACCCCUCCCAGCUUGGCCUGAUGAAGGAUCUUAGGAGUUGGUUAUAGACGUAUAAGAACUGAUCAGGCCCGAGAAAACAGUGGGAAACUAAAAGGCCCUAGUAUGUACUUGAGGAAUUGAUGCUAUUAUGUGUUACUCUCUCCCCCAGGCCCCGAUAGGAAGCCCUCUGACACGCCACACCCCCCGCUCUCCUGCCAGCUGGUCCAGCCCCCUCACCUCUCCUACCAACACAUCACAGAACACAUCCUUACCCAGGUAACACACACACACACCACCCAAUGUACACGCAGACCCAGGUUACACAAACACACACCUCCAACACCCUUACCCAAGGUAACACUCACAAACACCUCCCAAAGUUCAUCCACAUUCAGGUAACACACACAGACCUCAGAACACACCUAGGUAACACACACACCCACACACUCAUAUAAUGUUGACCUAUUGUGAUGGUAAUAUGACUGAUGUGUUGUUGUGUGCAGUGCGUUUGAAUACGACACAGAGAACAUGAACUCAGAGGACAUCUACAGUAGUCUGAGAGGAGUUACAGAGGCCAUCCAGAACUUCUCCGUCCGUAGCCAGGAAGACAUGAAUGAACCGGUCAGACGGAGAGAAGGAGAGGAGGUGGGGAGAGAGAGAGUAUGUGUGUGUGUAUGUAGAACCGACAUGAUGGGAUGUGUCUUAGAAAUGAUUAUUUAUAGUCUGUCAGGUGGAUUCUGGGGGGGGUUAAGCCUCCACAUACACAACCCCACACACACAUACACAGUAUGUCCCUGACACCAGAUACAGUGGGGAAAAAAAAGUAUUUAGUCAGCCACCAAUUGUGCAAGUUCUCCCACUUAAAAAGAUGAGAGAGGCCUGUAAUUUUCAUCAUAGGUAUACGUCAACUAUGACAGACAAAAUGAGAGAAAAAAAUCCAGAAAAUCACAUUGUAGGAUUUUUUUAUGAAUUUAUUUGCAAAUUAUGGUGGAAAAUAAGUAUUUGGUCAAUAACAAAAGUUUCUCAAUACUUUUUUAUAUACCCUUUGUUGGCAAUGACACAGGUCAAACGUUUUCUGUAUGUCUUCACAAGGUUUUCACACACUGUUGCUGGUAUUUUGGCCCAUUUCUCCAUGCAGAUCUCCUCUAGAGCAGUGAUGUUUUGGGGCUGUCGCUGGGCAACACGGACUUUCAACUCCCUCCAAAGAUUUUCUAUGGGGUUGAGAUCUGGAGACUGGCUAGGCCACUCCAGGACCUUGAAAUGCUUCUUACGAAGCCACUCCUUUGUUGCCCGGGCGGUGUGUUUGGGAUCAUUGUCAUGCUGAAAGACCCAGCCACGUUUCAUCUUCAAUGCCCUUGCUGAUGGAAGGAGGUUUUCACUCAAAAUCUCACGAUACAUGGCCCCAUUCAUUAUUUCCUUUACACGGAUCAGUCGUCCUGGUCCCAUUGCAGAAAAACAGCCCCAAAGCAUUAUGUUUCCACCCCCAUGCUUCACAGUAGGUAUGGUGUUUGGAUGCAACUCAGCAUUCUUUGUCCUCCAAACACGACAAGUUGAGUUUUUACCAAAAGGUUCUAUUUUGGUUUCAUCUGACCAUAUGACAUUCUCCCAGUCCUCUUCUGGAUCAUCCAAAUACACUCUAGCAAACUUCAGACGGGCCUGGACAUGUACUGGCUUAAGCAGGGGGACACGUCUGGCACUGCAGGAUUUGAGUCCCUGGCGGCAUAGUGUGUUACUGAUGGUAGGCUUUGUUACUUUGGUCCCAGCUCUCUGCAGGUCAUUCACUAGGUCACCCCGUGUGGUUCUGGGAUUUUUGCUCACCGUUCUUGUGAUCAUUUUGACCCCACGGGGUGAGAUCUUGCGUGGAGCCCCAGAUCGAGGGAGAUUAUCAGUGGUCUUGUAUGUCUUCCAUUUCCUAAUAAUUGCUCCCACAGUUGAUAUCUUCAAACCAAGCUGCUUACCUAUUGCAGAUUCAGUCUUCCCAGCCUGGUGCAGGUCUACAAUUUUGUUUCUGGUGUCCUUUGACAGCUCUUUGGUCUUGGCCAUAGUGGAGUUCGGAGUGUGACUGUUUGAGGUUGUGGACAGGUGUCUUUUAUACUGAUAACAAGUUCAAACAGGUACCAUUAAUACAGGUAACGAGUGGAGGACAGAGGAGCCUCUUAAAGAAGUUACAGGUCUGUGAGAGCCAGAAAUCUUGCUUGUUUGUAGGUGACCAAAUACUUAUUUUCCACCAUAAUUUGCAAAUAAAUUCAUUAAAAUCCUACAAUGUGAUUUUCUGGGGGAAAAAUGCUCAAUUUGUCUGUCACAGUUGACGUGUACCUAUGAUGAAAAUUACAGGCCUCUCUCAUCUUUUUAAGUGGGAGAACUUGCACAAUUGGUGGCUGACUAAAUACUUUUUUUCCCUACUGUAUGUCCUGCCACUCCCCCUGUAGCAUGUGUGCGUGCGUGUGUGUGUGAGACACUGAAACCCAUAACCUUCUGACCCUAACUGUUAUCACACUGUCUGGGGUCAAAGCAUCUCAUCCCUACCUUUCUAACAAUGUGGAAUUUCACAGGAAAUAGCUUUUUUUAUCUGGUGGGGGUAAGCUAAUAUCAGGGGAAAAAUACCACAUUCAGUAUUUUUACAGGUUAAAAUACACUACAUGACCAAAAGUAUGUGGACACCUGCUCGUCGAACAUCUCAUUGUUCGACAAGUUGGUCCCCCCUUUGCUGCUAUAACAGCCUCAACUCUUCUGGGAAAGCGUUCCACUAGAUGUUGGAACAUUGCUGCGGGGACUUGCUUCCAUUCAGCCACAAGAGCAUUAGUGAGGUCGGGCACUGAUGUUGGGCAAUUAGGCCUGGCUCGCAGUCGUCAUUCCAAUUCAUCCCAAAGGUGUUUGAUGGGGUUGAGGUCAGGGCUCUGUAUAGGCCAGUCAAGUUCUUCCACAUCAAUCUCGACAAACCAUUUCUUUAUGGACCUCGCUUGUGCACUGAGAAUUGUCAUGCUGAAACAGGAAAGGGCCUUCCCCAAACUGUUGCCACAAAGUUGGAAGCACAGAAUCAUCUAGAAUGUAAUUGUAUGCUGUAGCAUUAAGAUUUCCCUUCACUGGAACUAAGGGGCCUAGCCCGAACCAUGAAAAACAGCCCCAGACCAUUAUUCCUCUUCCACCAAACUUUACAGUUGGCACUAUGCAUUGGAGCAGGUAGCGUUCUCCUGGCAUCCGCCAAACCCAGAUUCGUCCAUCGGACUGCCAGAUGGUGAAGCGGGAUUCAUCACUCCAGAGAACGCGUUCCCACUGCUCCAGAGUCCAAUGGCAGCGAGCUUUACACCAUUCCAGCCGACGCUUGGCAUUGCACAUGGUGAUCUUAGGCUUGUGUGCGGCUGCUCGGCCAUGGAAACCCAUUUCAUGAAGCUCCCAACGAACAGUUCUUGUGCUGACGUUGCUUCCAGAGGCAGUUUGGAACUCGGUGGUGAGUGUUGGGAGCUUGUGAAGCUACGCGCUUCAGCACUCGGCGGUCCAGUUCUGUGAGCUUGUGUGGCCUUCCACUUCGCGGCUGAGCCGUUAUUGCUCCUAGGCGUUUCCACUUCACAAUAACAGCACUUACAGUUCACCGGGGCAGCUCUAGCAGGGCAGAAAUUUGACGAACUGACUUGUUGGAAAGGUGGCAUCCUAUGACGGUGCCACUUUGAAAGUCACUGAGCUCUUCAGUAAGGCCAUUCUGCUGCCAAUGUUUGACUAUGGAGAUUGCAUGGCUGUGUGCUCGAUGUUAUACACCUGUCAGCAACGGGUGUGGCUGAAAUAGCCGAAUCCACUAAUUUGAAGGGGUGUCCAUAUACUUUUGUAUAUAUAGUGUAGGUUGUGAUGGGAGUAUCGUAGUGUGUGUGUCCGAGUGUGUACAGUAUGUGAGAUGUUAUUUAUUGUAACACUCCUGUCCAUGGUAUGUUCCAAGGAAGGGCUAUGCCCAAGCUGACAUUUCCUCUAUAGGUCAGUCUGAAACCUGACCACCCCCCCCCCAACCCCCCCCCCCCCCCCCCCCCCACAAUCAUCAACCUGCCAAUCAGAGCUCAACUGACUCCAUCACCUGACCCGUCAGGGGGUUUUCUGGUUUGAGUGGAAAUCUUAACAGGAACUGUAACAGAUCUCAUAUCUCUACUCACUGCAUCCACAGAAUGAUCAAAAUCCUAACCUAACCCACACACACGUGCAUGCGAUGACAACACUUACAUUUCUGUCUACGUCUGUCUAAAUCAUACCACACUAACCCCUGUGUGUGUCUCCCUCUCCCUCUCUCCCCCUCUCUUCCCCUCCCUCAGGGUGGUACUGCUGGUGCUGACCAGGUGGAUGGAGGUCGUACUGCUCUGGACAACAAGACGUCUCUCCUCAACACCCCCCUGCUCUCCUCUUCUCCCCGGGGGUCCCGUGACCCCUUCACAGACUCCCCCUUCAAACACAGCGUGAUAGAUACUUCACUAGAUGAAUCAGACCAGCAAACUGACGGUACACACAAACACACAUACAGUACCAGCCAAACGUUUGGACACACCUACUCAUUCUAGGAUUUUUCUUUAUUUUUACUAUUUUCUACAUUGUAGAAUAAUAGUGAAGACAUCAAAACUAUGAAAUAAAACAUAUGGAAUCAUGUAGUAACCAAAAAAGUGUUCAAAAAUAUAUAUAUUAUAUUUGAGAUUCUUCAAAGUAGCCACCCUUUGCCUUGAGUUGUGUCAGUCAGUUGUGUUGUGACAAGUUAGGGGUGGUAUACACAAGAUAGCCCUAUUUGGUAAAAGACCAAGUCUAUAUUAUGGCAAGAACAGCUCAAAUAAGCAAAGAGAAAUGACAGUCCAUCAUUACUUUAAGACAUGAAGGUCAGUCAAUCUGGAACAUUUCAAGAACUUUGAAAGUUUCUUCAAGUGCAGUCGUAAAAACCAUCAAGCGCUAUGAUGAAACUGACUCUCAUGAGGACCGCCACAGUAAAGGAAGACCCAGAGUCACCUCUGCUGCAGAGGAUAAGUUCAUUAGAGUUACCAGCCUCAGAAAUUGCAGCCCAAAUAAAUGCUUCACAGAGUUCAAGUGACAGACACAUCUCAACAUCAACUGUUCAGAGGGGACUGUGUGAAUCAGGCCUUCAUGGUCGAAUUGCUGCAAAGAAAACACGACUAAAGGACACCAAUAAGAAGAAGAGACUUGCUUGGGCCAAGAAACUGGUGGAAAUCUGUCCUUUGGUCUGAUGAUUCCAAAUUUGAGAUUUUUGGUUCCAACCGCCGUGUCUUUGUGAGACGCAGAGUAGGUGAACAGAUUAUCUCCUCAUGUGUGGUUCCCACCGUGAAGCAUGGAGGAGGAGGUGUGAUGGUGUGGGGGUGCUUUGCUGGUGACACUGUCUGUGAUUUAUUUAGAAUUCAAGGCACACUUAACCAGCAUGGCUACCACAGAAUUCUGCAGCGAUACGCCAUCCCAUCUGUUUUGCGCUUAGUGGGACUAUCAUUUGUUUUUCAACAGGACAAUGACCCAACACACCUCCAGGCUGUGUAAGGGCUAUUUGACCAAGAAGGAGAGUGAUGGAUGGCUGCAUCAGAUGACCUGGCCUCCACAAUCCCCCGACCUCAACCCAAUUGAGAUGGUAUGGGAUGAGUUGGACCACAGAGUGAAGGAAUAGCAGCCAACAAGUGCUCAGCAUAUGUGGGAACUCCUUCAAGACUGUUGGAAAAACAUUCCAGGUGAAGCUGGUUGAGAGAAUGCCAAGAUUGUGCAAAGCUGUCAUCAAGGCAAAGGGUGGCUACUUUUUUGUUUUUGUUUGUUUAACACUUUUUUGGUUCCUACGUGAUUCCAUAUGUGUUAUUCCAUAGUUUUGAUGUCUUCACUAUUAUUCUACAAUGUAGAAAAUAGUAAAAAUAAAGAAAAACCCUUGAUUGAGUAGGUUUGUCCAAACUUUUGACUGGUAUUGUAUAUUCAUUUACACUAACACACACACACACACACACACACACACAAAAUGUAUUGAAGUGUAAUAUGUGAUUGAUAAAUUGAUGUCAAUCAGUAUCUGUAUCUCAACCCCUAUUGGCUAUUGCCCCUGACAGACAGCAGCAUUGACCAAUCGGAGCUAGUGUCUGAGCUGUUGAAGGAGCUGUCCAAUCACAAUGAGCGUGUGGAGGAGAGGAAGGCAGCGCUUUGUGAGCUCUUGAAGCUGAUUCGUGGAAACACCCUGCAGGUCUCCUGGGAUGAACACUUCAAAACCAUCCUCCUGUUACUACUGGAGACGCUGGGGGACAGAGAGGUACACACACACACACACACACACUAUGUGCAUCAAUACAUAUACAAACACACUUUGACCAAACUCUCUCUCCCCUCCUCUGCAGCAUGUGAUUAGGGCAUUAGCUCUGCGUGUUCUAAGGGAGAUUCUGAACCGCCAGCCCUGGAGGUUUAAGAACUAUGCUGAACUCACCAUCAUGAAGGCCCUGGAGGCACACAAGGACCCACAGAAAGAGGUACACACACACACUCUCUCUCUGUAUAGCACACACAAGUACACACACACACUCCUUAUAAUACACACACUCCAUAUAAUCUCUUGCACAUGCACAAAUUUACACUGGUAUAAUCUCUCACAUUCACAUACACACACACACAUACACAUACAUUCACUCUCCCACUGUCGUUCCUGUGUGUGUAUAGGAGCUAUUAUAAAUCUGGUACUAUAACCCUGUUCCUGUGUAGGUGGUGCGAGCGGCAGAGGAGACUGCAGCCAUGCUGGCGUCGUCCAUCAGUCCAGACCAGUGUAUCAAGGUGUUGUGUCCCAUCAUCCAGUCAGCUGACUACCCCAUCAACCUGGCUGCCAUCAAGAUGCAGACUAAAGUUAUAGAGCGGGUCCCCCACGAUGGACUAGUCAGCAUGCUGCCUGAGAUAGUCCCCGGACUCAUACAGGUAACAAACACACUCGUACAGGUCACACACACACUCGUACAGGUCACACACACACUCGUAUAGGUCACACACACACACACACACACUCUCAUACAGGUCACACACACACUCGUACAGGUCUCACACACCACACACUCGUACAGGUCACACACACACUCUACGGUCACACACAUCGUACAGGUCACACACAACACACUCGUACAGGUCACACACACUCGCACACACCCGUACAGGUCACACACACACACUCGUACAGGUCACACACACACACACUCGUACAGGUCACACACACACAACUCGUACAGGUCACACCACACACACACACUCGUACAGGUCACACACACACACUCGUACAGGUCACACACACCACACUCGUACAGGUCACACACACACACUCGUACAGGUCACACACACACACUCGUACAGGUCACACACACACACUCGUACAGGUCACACCACACACUCGUUACAGGUCAAAACCAACACAACCUCGUACAGGUCACACACACACACUCGUACAGGUCACACACACACUCGUAAGGUCACACACACUCGUACAGGUCACACCACACACUCUACAGGUCACACCACACACACUCGUAAAGGUCACACAACUCGUACAGUCACAACACACCUCGUACAGGUCACACACACACACACUCGUACAGGUCACACACGCACACACUCGUACAGGUCACACACGCCACACACUCGUACAGGUCACACACCGCACACACUCGCACAGGUCACACACACACACACACUCGUACAGGUCACACACACACACACACUCGUACAGGUCACACACACACACACACUCGUACAGGUCACACACUCGCACACACUCGCACAGGUCACACAACACACACCUCGUACAGGUCACACACACACCAGGUCCCACACACCUCGUACAGGUCACACACACACACACACACCUCGUCCCUACCAAGGUCACACACUACACACCACACUCGUACAGGUCACACACUCGUACACACACACACCCUGUACAGGUCACACACACACACACACCUGUACAGGUCACACACACACACACACUUGUACAGGUCACACACACACACACACUUGUACAGGUCACACACACACACACACACUUGUACAGGUCACACACACACACACACUUGUACAGGUCACACACACACACACACACACUUGUACAGGUCACACACACACACACACACUUGUACAGGUCACACACACACACACACACUUGUACAGGUCACACACACACACACACUCGUACAGGUCAUACACACACACACACACUCGUACAGGUCACACACACACUCGUACAGGUCACACACACACUCGUACAGGUCACACACACACUCGUACAGGUCACACACACACUCGUACAGGUCACACACACACAUAAAGGUAGCACACAUCCUCGUUAUUCAGGGUUAUGACCCACUGUCAUGUUAUGGAGGGCUAUAACCCUUCUGUCAUGUAAUAAAGGGUGAUAACCCCUCUAUCAUUUUAUGCAGGGAUAAUAACCCCUCUGUCAUGUUAAUCAGGGAUAUAACCCACAUGUCAUGUUAUGCAGGGUUAUGACAACUCUGAGAGCAGUGUGAGGAAGGCCUGUGUAUUCUGUCUGGUGGCCCUCUACGCAGUCAUAGGGGAGGAGCUAAAACCUCACCUCAACCAACUGUCUGGAAGCAAAGUGAGUGACCACGCCCACUUUCUACUAACCACACCCAUUAUCUAUGUUCCAAUACAUCCACGCUAGCAUACUUCAUUCUUAAAUUAAUCAGUACAUUUUAUAUUACUGGAUCAGGAAGAUUCCAGAAAAACUGCUUCAGUUCUACAACCCUGUAACUCUCUUCCGCCUCUCUUCUCUCUCUCUCUAAAGUUGAAGUUGUUGAAUCUGUACAUCAAGCGUGCCCAGUCCGGCUCCAGUGGUGGUGAGCCCCCAGCAGACAACCUAUAGAACAGACUAACAGAUGAACAGCCCACAGGACAACUAUGGAGCUGCACUCUCCCUCUGGAGACUUUUAACACGUACACACAAGGACACACUCUUACAUGGAUGCACAAACACACACUCAUAUGCAUACAUGAACACACAUGUGCACUUACUUACGCGCUUACAUGAACACACAUACGCUUAUACGUACAUCUGCUUACACAUAAACAUGCUGAUAAGAAGGCUCUCUGAGACACACACACUGUCCUGGACACACCCUCCCAUUACCUCCAAGUCGCCUACUGCAGUGCACUCUGCAAUGCACUCUGGGAGGAGAGGAGUGUUGUAGUUCCCCUCACUAACGUUGAAGAUCCAACCUGCACUCUGAGAUUCACCCCUGACCUCGACACACCUCGCCCUCUGACCCCGAACUCACUCUGAAGCCUCAACGCUAACGGUUUAACUUCCUGCUUUGAGUAGAAUAGGGGAGGGGCCCGAACAGCAGCAUGAUGUAGCCACACACCCCAGCCAGGACGAAUAG